AUGGCAUUUCCACACCGGUUCCGCUGGCUCGCAAAGCCAUCGCCAUUUACUACUCUUCGGCAGCCCCGACUGAGUCCAGCCAAGACAGGCCGGUUGGUGACAUACGAUAUCACCUCCGAGAUGCAGUGCCCGCUGUUCGACCGGCUACGGUGGUGCUUUGAACUGGACUUUAUGUGUGGAUACCAAUCUACAUGGGACAUCCAGGAGCAGACCAAGGAUGGAGAACAGUCCUCCCAGGUUAACGAGGAUACAAGACGCUAG